UUAAUGUGGUACUCAGUAGUCAGUAGUCAGUGGUACUAAUUAUUGCGACUUUUAAAACAGCUUUGUACUUUGUUCAAGGUGAUAGUGAUUUUGUACAUUUUUGUUUGCUCAUCGAAUACGGGUGAGGUUAACUGUUAUGCAUAAUUCUCUUGUAAGUUAAAAAGUAAAGUAAGCUGUAACAGCUAUACCAAGUUAGUUGACCCCGAUCGCCGUUGUGAUUUCAUCUGUCGAUCGCCAUUUUGAAGUUUGAACCAUUUCCAUUAAGGUAUUUUUCAUCAUAGGUAUUAUGUUGUAAGUUUUAAUGGUAUAACACCAUGUCCGAAAACAGUAAACAAGAACCACCUUUGCAAACCAUGAGUGGUAUGCCACCGAAUCACAACCCUUGGAUGUAUGGUCUAUAUAAUCAAUACAACGGGUUUCAAGGAGGGGUGUUUCCCAAUUUUUAUAAUCAACAACAACAGUAUUAUAAUCAAAUGGCCAACGGCAACUUUCACGAUGCACACCAAUUUACGUCGAACAAAAAUUCAAAUCCAGAAUUUGGUCAACCACAAUUCUCAGUGCCUCCGCCGCCGUUGUUAGGAAUGUCUCCACUUGAUACCAACCGACCAUUCUUCAAUCAAUCGCCAAUCAGGUUUAAUCUUAAUACUAAUCGUAAAUCUGCACCUAUUCCUCCUAACGAAAACCCUCUUUUAAAUAAUAAUAACAACAACAACAACAGUAGCAACAAAAAGAAGCGUAAAAAAGGAGGUAACCAUAAUAAGAUUGGGUCACAAUUGCCGCCUCUACCUGACCAUCCGCCCCCAUUGCCUCCUUGUCCACCACCAGAGGAACUUCCUAAACCUCCCCCACCUCCACCUCCUUUAGAUGUUCCUCUGCCUCCACCAAUAGCAACAGAGGACAUUCCAGAGCCUUUUGAAGAACCUAAGGAUUCUACUGAUAAUGAGGAACCAACAACUUUUAAUAGUGAGUCUUCAAGUUUCUUACAAAAUUCAUCAAUCCAAACAUCAGCAGGAUCAUGGCCUGAAAGUUUGGAGCGUUAUAUUAAAAGAUGUUAUGAAAAAUGCAAAACAUGUUUUGAUCGUGAUCAGAUUGAUAUUUGCUUAAAAGGACGAAUAACAGCUGCAGCAAAUAAGGAUGAAAUAUGGACUAGAAAUUGGGAUGAUGAACCUAUCCCUAGUGUGUACAGUGAAAGAAAUAAUUUACAAGUUAAACCUGUUCAAGGGACAUUAAAUCUUUAUCAAAAAAAUGAAAAUUCUCAAGUAAAUAAACUUAAGCAAAUAUUAGCAGCAAAAGCAUAUUUUACUAAAACUCCUCAAAGAAGGCGGCGUCAACACUCAAGCAGCAGUUCAAGAAGUCCUUCAAAAAAAAGGCACAGUACCUCAUCUGCUUCUGGUGAUGAAGUUGAAGAAAAAAAAACCUUUAAAAAUAAGAGUAAACUAAAAGUUAAAGACCGUUUGUCAUUGGAUUCUAAGAAAAAUGAUAAGUAUCAAAAGAAGGCUAAGAAGGUAGCUUAUCAAUUUCAUAUUGAUGAAUCUCAAGGUAGUGCAGAAAAACUUCAAAAAAGAGCAGAGAGAUUUGCAAGUAGUCAUAUUCCCUCUAUUGCCAGUUCUUUACAAAUUAAUUCAAAUAGGGAACUAAAUCCUAGGAAAUCUAUAAUAGUAGAUACUGAGGGUGAUUAUGAGCUUAAUAAUAUACACAUAGUAGGUACCUGUACAGAAAUUGAAAAGUCGUUUUUAAGGCUAACUAGAGCACCAGAAGCAUGUGAGGUUCGGCCUAUUAAUAUUCUGAAGUUUUCUCUUCGAAAUGUAAAAGACAGAUGGAUUGAGAAACAGGACUAUAGAUAUGCUUGUGACCAAUUGAAAUCCAUACGUCAAGAUUUAACGGUACAAGGUGUAAGAGACAGUUUUACUGUAGAAGUUUAUGAAACACAUGCAAGAAUAGCAUUAGAAAAAGGAGAUCAUGAAGAAUUCAAUCAAUGCCAAACACAAUUAAAAAUGUUAUAUUCUGAAUUGCCUAAUAGUAGAGCAAAUGCAGCUGAAUUUACUGCAUAUAGAAUUCUGUAUUACCUUUUUACUAAAAAUACUUUAGAUUUAACCACAAUAUUUAAGUUUUUAUCAAAGGAGGAUAGAGAAAACGAGUGUAUAAAGCAUGCCCUAAAAACUCGAUGUGCAUGGGCUACGGGCAACCUUCACAAAUUUUUCUUGCUAUACAAAACAGCUCCACUCAUGGCUGGCUAUCUUAUGGACUGGUUUGUGGACAGGGAACGGAAGCAAUACCUGAAAUACAUCAUUAAGUCGUAUGUUACUUUCCUUUUGUUUUUUAAUUGUUUUGUGUUAAGAAUGCUAAUAAUUUCAAGGAUAGUUAAAGGUAUAUAUUUGUUGAGAUGUACAGGUAAGUUUUAUUUGAAACUGAAUAGUAAUAAUAUAAAAACAGUCCCAUUUUUAUAUUGUUCUGUUGAACCUUAUUGUCUCUUAAUCUUUAUUUAAUUUACAAUAUACGAAAUACAAUCAAUUCCCUAUUAUAGUUGAAACAAACAUUUAAAAACCUUUUAAUAUUAUACUACUUUGUUGCACAUAUACAAUAACAUAUAAUUAUGUGUGAUUACUGCAUAAAUUUGUGUUUUACAAAUAGACAAUAUGAGUAAAAAGAUAUAUUUUAUAAGAAUAUUUAUAAUUUUUUGUUUUUCAAUAGCUUAUACCUGCCCGUUGGUCGGGGAGUGUUUUAAUAAUAUAUUCUUAUGUGUACAGCUACAGACAAAGUGUUCCUGUGGACUUCAUCACUCGGGAGCUGGCGUUUGAUUCACCUUCUAAGGCUUCUGAAUUCCUAAAUCAGUUUCCACUAUCUUACACUGGUUGUGACCAGACUCAAAUAGAUUGCAAAGCCAG